AUGGCCUCCGAACUCACCCCCUCCAAGCAGGCUGCUUCUGCCAUUGACUCUUUCAAGAUUGAGUCUCCCGUCAAAAAGAUCAACUUCAACGCCUCCGACAAGGAGAACCAGCCUCUCGACGACGCCGCUCUCGAGAGCCUCGCCAGGCAGAUGGACGACAACCACAAGCCUACUGAGACCGUCAAGGUUGACAAGUCAGAGACCAAGCCUACCGCGGCUCUCACAAUCAAGCCUGAUGAGAUUGACGAGCCCAUCCUUCAAGAGAACCCCCAGCGAUUCGUCUUGUUCCCCAUCAAGUACCAUGAGAUCUGGCAAAUGUACAAAAAGGCCGAGGCUUCCUUCUGGACCGCCGAAGAGAUUGAUCUGUCCAAGGAUCUGCACGACUGGAACAACCGCCUGAACGAUGACGAGAAGUACUUCAUCUCUCACAUCCUGGCCUUCUUUGCUGCCUCCGACGGCAUUGUCAACGAGAACCUGGUCGAGCGUUUCAGCGGCGAGGUUCAGAUCCCCGAGGCUCGAUGCUUCUACGGUUUCCAGAUCAUGAUGGAGAACAUCCACUCCGAGACCUACUCCCUGCUCAUCGACACCUACGUCAAGGAGCACAGCCAGCGCAACUACCUCUUCAACGCCAUUGAGACCAUUCCUUGCAUCCGUAAGAAGGCUGACUGGGCCAUCAAGUGGAUCCAGGACAAGGACUCUUCCUUUGCUCAGCGCCUUGUUGCUUUUGCUGCCGUUGAGGGUAUCUUCUUCAGCGGAGCCUUUGCCUCCAUCUUCUGGCUCAAGAAGAGAGGUCUCAUGCCUGGCCUGACCUUCUCCAACGAGCUCAUCUCUCGUGACGAGGGUCUGCACACCGACUUUGCUUGCCUGCUCCACUCUCACCUGAAGAACCGCGCCAGCAAGGAGAUUAUCCGUGAAAUCAUCACUGAUGCCGUCAGAAUCGAGCAAGAAUUCUUGACCGAGGCUCUCCCCUGUGCUCUGCUGGGCAUGAACGCCACCCUGAUGAAGCAGUACAUUGAGUUUGUUGCCGAUCGUCUGCUCGUCGCUCUUGGCAACGAGAAGAUUUACAAGUCCUCCAACCCCUUUGACUUCAUGGAGAACAUCUCCCUGGGCGGCAAGACCAACUUCUUCGAGAAGCGUGUCGGCGAGUACCAAAAGGCCGGUGUCAUGAACAGCACCAAGAAGCCCGUCGAGGCCUCCAGCGCCGAAGAGUCCAAGGCCGACAACGGCGGCGACUUUAGCUUUGACGACGACUUCUAAAUGCUUCGUCAACUUGCAUUUCAUCCCAUCUCUUUGUCUUUUAUGAUUCUUGUUCUUACAGUUUGGCACCAUGUACAUUUUUUGCGGAAAAGAUGCGGUCUACGGGUUGGAUCGGUAAGAAGGCGUUGAUUGUAACAGUGGAUUGGGAACACAUCUUUUGGUUCCUUGUAUUGGUUAAGAGGUUAUACACAACACACACUGCGGGCGUUUGGGACACUUAUUUGGAUGCAAAUUCUCUUCUUGAACGGGGGAUGAUAAUUGCGGAACGAGGCAUUGGAUUAUGAUACACUAGCAGUAGUCCAGCAAAAUAGAACUGGAUGAAUGACGAUUA